AUGGGGAAGUUUGCAGUCUUUCAGACGCUGCUGUUUUUCCUGGUUGUGGUAUGCGUUGACGUGGCGCUCGCGUCGGACAAGUCAUGUUUUGAGCUGCCGAUCGUGAUCGUGUCACCAAACAAGGUGAAGUUGCCGACUGAAACCUGCAAUCAGCCUCGCCUCCCCGCGCCAGAUUGCAUGAGGGACCCUGUUGAAGCCAAUAUCGAGGUGAUCGACAACCAAGGUUCAUUGAAUUGCCUGGGAGGAAAUCGGACCGCAGUUUAUCCCGCAAGCGUUCACUACCGGGGGCAAUCCAGCCUCCAUUUCACGAAGCACCAAAUGGCGGUCGACUUGGAUGAGGACGCUGAGCUCCUGGGAUUUCCAGCAGAUCGCUCCUACAUCCUGAAUGGUCCUACUGUUGAUGGAAGCUUGAUGCGGAACCACCUCGCCCACUGGAUGUACCGUGGCACCGGGCGUUAUUCACCUCGGACGCGCCAUGUCGUGGUGUUUGUUCGCGAUGAGCUGGAUGCAGAUGACUGGAGCCCACGAUACCGCGGACUCUACUUGGCUCUCGAGAAGAUCGCGUACACGCCGAAUCGCGUAGGACUUUCUGUUUUGGACAAUUUAUGUCAGUCCAAGGAAGAGCUAUCAGGUGGUUGGGCGUGGCAAAAUAAUCCACUCGGGUAUGGUGACUACUCGCCCAAUGUCGUGCUGAAUGAAGCAACGGGAUUGUUUGGUGCUGGUGCGCGACCGAUUCUGACGUACCCCGAGCCGAAAAUGCUGACACAGACCAUGCGUGAUUACUUCAUCUCCCCUGAAACCGGCCCACUCCCGCGUCUGUACCAGUAUCUUUAUGAUAACAUGACCCACCCGGAUGGACUCGAGGAACACAUUGAUAUCGGGUCAUUUGUGGAUUACUUCCUGCACUCUGAGCUGUCGGUGAACUCAGACGCCUAUCGCCGCAGCACAUACUUUUUCAAGGACCGCAACCAACCCAUCAACGCUGGACCUGUCUGGGAUUUCAACUUGGCGUACGGGCUGGGUGGCGCUACGACGACUUGGAUGUACACGAUUCAUACAUUCUGGAAGAGGCUGGCGUGCAACUACAAGUUCGCAUCGCUUGUUCAGCAGCGUUGGGUGAAGUUGCGGUCCAAUACGUGGAGUGACGAGUCUAUCCAAUCGUUUAUUCAAUCAAGCGCUGAGCCAAUUCGUCGUCAACUAAAGAACUGCGCCGACUGGAAGAGCGAUAACAUUCAGUGCGCGAACGUGGAGGCUAAAACGAAGGGUGGCUUCGACGACAUGGUAAACCAAUUGCUCGAGGCGGUGCUCGCUCGUGCGCGUUGGAUGGACUCGAGUGUGCCUGGAUUCUACAAGACACUGGACCGUAACCUCUGUGUGGCUGCUGGUGAGCUCCCUGCGUAUAAUUGCGCGGCUGACGGUAACGACAAAGGUUGUCUGGUGAACCCGAGCACCUACAGCAGUGCGGUUGAGUUUCCUGAGCCUCGCAAGCCUGCUGCCGCUGAGUCCUGUGGCUCAUCCCAAGUGUCGAAUGCUGUGACAGCAGCGGUGGAGAAACCAUCGAUUGACCCUUGCUGGCUAUCUGCAGGAGUGUACAUGUCGGACGGAUCGAUAACACCUUUCUGCUCGGGCUACGGCUUUUGCCCCGAGGGCCCAGGCGCGAAGUGCACAUGCCACAGUGGACACCCGGCUCCAACUUGCGCUCGUGAUGACGACGCCAUCAUCCCUCGUGGUGGACUCAUCGAGGAGAGUGUUGUCUCGCAGAAAUCGCCCCCAAUCAAGCCCUUGGAUGAAUUGUCAAGCUUCGACGAAUAUCUUCGCUAUCCGCUCUUCUUCCUGUGCGCUGUUCCAGCAAUGGCUCUGGGAGUGGUGUUGGCAGCUCGUCAACGCCGUCGCCAGCACUACGUUCGUCUGCGUCACCGGGCUGUUGGAUCGAUGACUAGCCAUGGCCACGAUGGGCAUGAACUUCACUACGGAACUUCGUAG